AUGGAGGCACUACAACGAGUAUUAAAUGCAUUCUGUGUGGCUGAUAGAAAUGAGGAUCCUGACCCGUACCAACCCCCAAUAGCCCAAGAGCCGAGUUUUGAAAGCGUCAUGGGUAUUCUUCAACUUGACAAUGCUCAAAAAGCCCCUUCGAGAUCCAGCAGUUUCAAAGCCAACUUUGAAAAUUCUGUCGCUUCCGAUUUGGACCCCUUCCUAUUGCUUUCGCCAGAACUUCGAUUGGGAAUUGCUCAGUAUCUCCCCACCGUCAAUUUUCUCAAUCUCAGGCUUUCCUCGAAAGCUAUGGUUCUAAUAUUCGACCGCCAGGAUUUCUGGAAAACGAGAUUUUGCCUGUACGGUGAUCGAGGCUUUUUGGAUUUCUUAGAAAGUCAGAGCCGUGUGCUGAAUGACUUAUGGCAGCAAUGGAUUCACAAUCAGAUGAUCAGGGAUAUGUAUCUGAUGACUGGAGCACCUGGUCUUGUUCCAUUAGCUGACAACACCCGAGACCCAAGUUUGAAGUGGACAGGGACUCAGGCUGCCCAACAAGGUUUCUUUGACGAUGACCCUCCGAAGAUUGACGGCUGCCUGCGACAUUACUACCGGCAAAAACUUUUUGUUUCCAAGGAUAACUGUGAUAAAUUCUCGCUAUUGAAGCAUGCUCGGUUCUCUCAAACGAUCGCACUGCCUGGCCGAGUCCUGGCAAUUGCUGUUUCCGUGUUCACCGAAGGGACCCUCGUAUCCAAGGAUUUUCCUGAACAUAUUGAACAGUUGGAUGCGAAAUCAGAGAUUCUGGCUCUUUAUGAGACCUUCGAUGACCAUAGGAUAAUGACUCUUUAA